AUGGAGUUUCCCCGAAAACGAGCCAAGCUAGCAUGCGAGUUCUGCAGAUACCGGAAACGCAAAUGUGACGGCGAGCGGCCUACAUGCGCGUUCUGCGCUAGUGCGGGUGCUCAAUGCGAGUACAAGGACGGUCCCAAUGAAAAAGAUGUUGAUCCAUCAGUCGAGAUAUUGCAACGACUAGAUCAGCUGGAAAAUCUUGUUCGGCAACAGUCCGCUGUCAUUACCGCGUUAUCUGAUCGUCUGCUGUCGACAGGCCCGAGUCCAGAAACUUUGCACUGGUCACAAAAUAGCCCAUCAAAUCUGCAGAGCACAAAUCUUGCUCUUUCUUCACCGGCAUAUGUGACUCUCGCACGCGACAUGCAGCCUAUGGAUUCGCGGCCGAAAUACGAGAAAGCCGAGGACGGCCCGCUCCUCAUCCCACUAGGUCACCAAACUCCCACCGGAAAUCUACUGACACUCGACAAGAUUAAGAGACUUAUAGGCGACUAUCCUCAAGACUAUUUCUUGUUCUUGGAAUCAGAACGCCGGCUACAACCUUUGAUACCGCGUGUGUCAUAUACGGCGAUUGUUGAGAGGCUAAAUCUGCGUCGCUCAAUAACUGAUAGCCUUGUUUCCAGCUUUUUCUCCAACAUACACGCUCAAUUCCCCGUGCUUGACCGCAAGCCAUUUCUUGAGAUGUUUGAGAAAUUUCUACAUCCAUACCAGGAACCUGAUAUGUCCGCGGCACUUUGUCUCAUGACUCUUGCUCUAGGAGAGAUUUGUACCAAUCCUAGUGCAAAUUUUGACAUUGAGUCUUCUGAAGUUGGCAAUGGCACGGAUUAUUUCGCACACGGGUAUCAAAUCCUGACCACGGUGGAGACUGCGCCUUUUUCACGAGACUUGACGGUUCCUCUUGCAUUCUUCUACGCUUCUCUUUACUUCCGCCUGCAGGAAAGAGAUAUCGCACCCGGAAAGCAGGUGGUGCUUGUCCGCAUUGCUUGGGCCUGUUACGUACUUGAAUGUGACGAUCUUGCCGAAUUUCAUUUCCCUCGCAGCGGAAUUGAAGUUCUGGUAGAUGAACUGCAUUUCCCAGAAUUCACGGACCCAAGCGACCGCAAUAAUCUUAAAUUCCUUGCCAUGUGUUCCAUUCGAAAGCUCUUGAACCGUAUACACAGUACCAUGUAUGCAAGCAAUGCAGUCGAACCAAAUGGUAGAACCGUUCCCGUGAAGAUCAGCGGGGCGGCGAUGGCAUCCACACAGCAACCUUCAAUUGCCUCACUUGAGGCUGUCAACAAAGAGCUCAGCCGGCAACUCAAAGCGUGGUUUGAUGCGCUGCCAGAUACUAUCAAACCAGAUCUCCAGAACCCCAACCCUCGAGAUCUACAUGAUAGUCAACUUCGAACACGCUAUUAUGCCACAAAGCAUGUUAUUUGUCGACCUUGUCUAGUCUUUGCUGCACAAUCACAGGACGCUCCAUUGAGUGGGUAUAUCAUGGCCAAUUGUGAGGCCUGCGUUGACAGUUGUCGACACUUCAUUCGCGCAACCGUGCCCCUUCUGAAAAGGAGAACGCACUCGACGUGGCUCAGACUGCAAGCGCUUCUUGCUGCGGUAUUUGUGAUUUCCAUGGCAAAGGGAACACCCAGUCUCGCUUCACUUGUACCAGACUUUGAAGAAUUGAUUGAACAAGCAAUACUAUGCACCAAGCCUUGGGCCGUUCACCAUGGAACAGCUGACGCCAUUCUUGAGAUUUUCAAGACAAUUCGACGAAAACUUCGAUUCCCAUCUCAUUUCGUAUUGUCAUGA